ACCUUGUGUUCCUUUCUUCAGAUCGGCAGAAAUAUGCAUGGAGGGAACCAAACCAUCAUCUCUGAAUUCAUCCUCCUGGGACUCUCCAACCAGGCUGAGCAGCAGAAACUCAUCUUUGUGCUUUUCUUGUGUAUGUACCUAGUCACAGUGGUUGGGAAUGGGCUCAUCAUCCUGGCCAUCAGCGUAGAUGUGCACCUUCACACCCCCAUGUAUCUCUUCCUUGCCAACCUAUCUUUUGCUGAUAUUUCCUCCAUCUCCAGCUUAGUCCCCAAAAUGCUGAUGAAUAUUCAGAUGAAGAGUCAAUCCAUUUCCUAUGGGAACUGCAUAACACAGAUGUACUUUUCUAUCAUGUCUGUUGUCACUGAAAAUUUUCUCCUGGGCACCAUGGCCUAUGACCGCUUUGUGGCCAUCUGCCACCCUCUGAACUACACAACCAUCAUGCGGCCAAGACUCUGCAUUUUGCUGGCUGUCAUCCCAUGGGUCCUCAGUAAUGGUAUUGCUCUGACACACACCCUUCUGCUCAUUCGACUGCUCUUCUGUAACACUAACACCCUCCCACACUUCUUCUGCGAUUUGGCAACUCUACUGAAACUGUCCUGCUCAGACACAACGAUCAAUGAGCUUGUGUUAUUUGUGGUGGGCUUGUCGGUUAUCACCUUCCCCUUUGCCCUCAUUUUAUUCUCCUAUGUCUGCAUCAUCAAAGCUGUCCUGAAAAUUUCAUCCGCAGAGGGGAAGAGAAAAGCCUUCUCCACCUGUGGGUCUCACCUGACGGUCGUAUUGCUCUUCUAUGGGACCAUUGUAGGGGUUUACUUUUUCCCCUCGUCUACUCACCCAGAGGACACAGAUAAGAUCGGUGCAGUACUAAUUACUUUGGUGACGCCCAUGAUGAACCCCUUCAUCUACACCCUGAGGAACAAGGAUAUGAAAGGUGCCCUGACAAAGCUCAUCAAUAGAAAAAGUUCUUCCCUUUAA